UCCCCUUGGAACUCCAUCCCCUCUCUGUUCUGCUCUGUUUCCCUGCGACCAUGGUCGUCUUGUCCAACCCAGGACUGGAUCAAAUCUCGCUCCUUAGAUCGCCGAAAGUUAUCGCCUGCUCGCCUUGCGUUCCCGUCAUCGACCUCUCGAAGCCCGACGCUGCAGCGUCCGUCGUCGAGGCCUGCGAAGAGUUUGGGUUCCUCAAGGUCACCGACCACGGGAUUCCCGUGGAGCUCAUGCAGAGACUGGAGGCGGAGGCUGUGAAGUUCUUCUCCCUGUCUUCGGUGGAGAAGGAGAGGUCUGGGCCGCCCGAUCCUUUUGGUUAUGGAAAUAGAAAGAUCGGCGCUAAUGGCGACAUCGGGUGGUUGGAGUACCUUCUCUUCGCCGUCGCCUCCAAGCCAUUGUCUUACACGUUCAUGGACUUUCUUCGAGAGCCCGCCGCAUGCUCUUUUAGCUCUGCUUUGAAGGAAUACCUGGCAGCCGUCAGGAAGUUGGCUUCCAAGGUGCUUGAACUGAUGGCGGAAGGGUUAGAUAUCGAGCCCAGAGACGUCAUCAGUAGGCUUGUCAUGGAUGAGAACAGUGACGGAAUCUUUAGGCUCAACCACUAUCCUCCAUGCCCGGUGCUCCGAGGUUACAAUUACGGCUUGACCGGCUUUGGAGAGCACACAGAUCCACAGGUCAUAUCUGUUUUGAGAUCAAACAAUAGCACCGGCUUGCAGAUAUCACUCAAGGACGGGAGCUGGGUCUCCGUUCCUCCGGACGAAGAGUCCUUCUUCAUCAACGUCGGUGAUUCCUUGCAGGUUCUGACAAAUGGGAGAUUCAGGAGCGUGAAGCAUAGGGUGGUGGCCAGUGGCUGGGAGUCCAGGGUCUCCAUGAUCUACUUCUUUGGGCCACCCUUAGCAGAGAAGAUUGCUCCAUUGCCACAGUUGAUGGGAGAGGGGGAGCACAGCCUGUACAAUGAGUUCACAUGGGAUGAGUACAAGAAGGCUACCUACAAAUCAAGGCUGGCUGAUAACAGGCUUGGGCUGUUCGAGAAGCGAGAGGUCGCUGAUGACCAAAGACUAUAGACCUCACUGUUUCUGGGGGGCGGGGGGGAGGGAAUUAUCCCGUGUUCUCUAACCAAAAAUGGUAACCAAAGAAGGCUUCUUCCUCGUCUGUAACCCUUUCACCAUCACCUUUUCUCUGCUCUGUUUUGGUGCACUGUCUUUGCUUCGUGUAGUCAUGUACAAAUCACCUUCCAUCACCAUGAAGAACACGAAUGUUAAAAGGGUCAUCUUGAA